AUUAUAAAUAAAAUGUGAUUAUUAUUUUGCUUUCACCUUUGCCUUUGUAUCAGAAAAAGCAGUUCCAACAAGUUAAAUGACCAACGGCUGCUGAGGUGUUGAAUUUGAUAUUGUGUUUUCUGCUAGUUAACUCGGUGUAUCUUCUAGCUCGGCAUAUUGAUGGAGAACAACCCUAGUUCAUCAAGAACUGACCGAAAAACCAUUGAGAGAAACAGGAGAAAUCAGAUGAAGGACCUAUACUCCCAGCUUCAUUCUCUUGUACCCCAUCAAACCUCAAGGGGGCUGCAGGAAGUGACAUCGCUGCCGGAUCAACUAGAUGAAGCUGCAAACUAUAUAAAGAGGCUACAGACAAAGUUGGAGAGAAUGAAGGAGAAGAAAAACAAUCUAAUGGGAAUUCAUGAAAAGUCAAACGCAAGCACCGAUUGUGGAAUGACGAUGGGUUUUAAGCCACCACAAAUUGAGAUUCACGAAGUGGGUUCUGCUUUAGAGGUUGUUUUAAUAACUGGGUUAGAUUUUCAGUUCAUGUUCAAUGAGACUAUUCGCGUGCUUCAUGAAGAGGGAGCUGAGAUUGUUAAUGCCAGCUUCACUGUUGUUGAAGAUACAGUGUUCCACACAAUUCAUUCUAAGGUUGGGGAUUCUGCAUUGGGUUAUGGAGCUGCAGGCAUAUAUGAGAGACUAAAUAAGUUUGUCAGUGAUGCCAGUGGAAUUUGAAGUACGACUGUGUUAUAUUUACUCAUAAUAUUUACAUGUGCUUUCUAACACUUGGAGGGCUUGUUUAUUUGCGAAGAUGACUAAAGAACAAUGUCGGUUUUGAGGGAUGCAUGCAAGAAAUAAUUUUGAAAAGACAACAAAUCCAAGAUUGCACUUUUCUUUUUCUUUCUAUCCUUGGUCUUCUCAUAAUGAUGUGUAUGACUCAUCCAAAUAAGAAUAGUGAUUUAUUUGUAUGUCAACAAAUAAUUUAGGUCCCAAUGUCAUAUUCAAAUAAGGCAGCGUGUGUCACUGAGCUUCUUAAAUCAUUGACUAAUUCUUUCUCAAGAAAAAAAAAAGUUUACUACUUAUUUAUGAUCCCCCUGAGGAUGGAGAUGAGCCCAUUAUUGUAUAUAAUCACAAGUUAUGAGAGGGCUGGCUCAAUGCAAU